AUUUAGGUUUUCUAGAUUGCACAAGUAACCUAAAUGUAAAUGUUGUUUACUUUCAUCAAGGUAGCGUACAAACAGAGGAAUAGUUUAAUGGACAAGUUUGUAGUCAAAAAGGGCAAGAAGAGAACCAUGUCAGGGCACGCAAAGAUAACUGAGGAUGAGGCCAAGAAUGCUGAUUUGAAAGCUCAUGAAAAAUGUGAGGAAAGCACAAAGACAAAAGGUGCAGGUCAGAGCAAUGAAGAACAUGGACAUGGUGUGCAUGCAGAUAAGAAGAGAGCCAAGCAUGAUGGUUUCCAGCUGCUGCAGGUGCGAGGGGACCUGUUCAGCUGUCCUGAGUCGGACUCCCUGGUACACUGUAUCAGCCAGGACUGUCACAUGGGCAAGGGUAUCGCCGUGCUCUUCAAGAAGAAGUUUGGCAGAGUGGAGGAACUAAAAAGACAAGGCCAGAAGCCAGGAGGUGUUGCAGUCCUUAAGACAGAGCAGAGAUAUGUCUACUACCUGGUGACUAAGGAGAAAUACUGGCAGAAACCCACAUAUCGUAGUCUGGAAUCCAGUCUCCGGGCCAUGAAGACCCACUGUGAGCAGCACCAGGUUUCCAGGCUAGCCAUGCCCAGGAUAGGCUGUGGUCUGGACAGACUACAGUGGGACAGAGUCAGCCAAAUGGUGCAGAACAUCUUCAGUGAUACAGACAUGACUAUCACCGUCUAUACUAUAUAAACAUGAUACUAAGACAUUUCUAGUGGUCUAUACUAAAUGUAUGUAAAUACAUCUGCAAUACAGACAUGUCACAUGAGUCUGUAUUAUGUACAUGCCAAUUGCUGUUAUGUUCUUGCUUUAAUACAACUGUGGAGACCUGCUUGAAUUUUCAGGAACCUCAUAGUCAUACUCAUCAUCAUCAUCAUCAUCAUCAUCAGUCCCAUAGCUUAUAGCUUACCAGGAGUACUUUAUAGUCCUACUAGGAGUACUUUAUUUUGUUGCCUCCAGUAUUCUUUGUAUCAAGACGUGAGGCGACAGGAC